CAUUGGUCACCAUGGUAGUUGUGCAGCUAUCAAGAAUGUAGUAGCAUGCGUAUUUUAGAAAUAAAUGGAUAAAUCCAGUUUUUAAAGAGACGACACAGACAGCUAUGGAGUUCCGUCUGGGCAUACCAGGGGAGCCAUUGCCAGCCUCCAGGGAUGGCAGUAUGGUUUACAGUGUAAGCACAGCUGAUGGAGAGGCCAAGGAAAACCUUAGUAGUCUUACAGAAGAAGAACUAACGGGAAAAGUGGAAAGCAUGCUGCUAGACAAGAUAAAAAAUGGAGACAAGCAAGCUGUAUUUCAACUGGGACAGCUAUACUUUGAGCAGGGUGUGUUUGACAAAGCAGUGAAUUACUUUGAGAGGGCAAAGGAAUAUGACUUCCAGGCCCUAUACCAGUUGGGAGUAAUGUAUUAUGAUGGACUAGGCUGUGAACAGGAUCCUAAAAUUGGAUCUGGUUGCAUGCUGCAAGUAGCAACUUCAACAGCCAAACAAGCACAGCAUUUAGUUCACGUUGCUCAAUACAAUGUAGGACGGGCCUUCUACCAGGGUUUUGGUCUUACUCAAUCUGAUGAAGAAGCAGAAAGGUGGUGGUUACUAGCAGCAGAUGAUGGCAACCCCAACGGCAGCAUUCUUGCUCAAAGUAUGCUAGGAAUGUUUUAUUCUCGUCCAGAGACACUUGAUCUAAAGAAAGCUUAUUUCUGGCAUUCUGAGGCAUGUGGAAAUGGAAGUCUAGAAUCUCAAGGUGCUUUAGGGGUUAUGUUGGAACUCGGACUGGGCUGCAAGAAGGAUACUAAUGCAAGUUUUGAGUGUUUCAAAGAGGCCGCUGACAGAGGCAAUGUGUAUGCUAUGGGGCAUCUAGUCAAAUAUUAUUAUAUGAGGAAGCUGUACACAAAGGCAGCAGAUUUGGCAGCAAGGGUUGCCAUGCUAGAUGACAUUUACCAGAUAGCAGCAGAGACAACCUGUAUUCCAGGCUAUAUUGCCAAAGGCAUAUCCAUGGCAUGCUUUUUCUAUGCCCGCUGUCUUCACAAGGGACAUGGGGUUGAAGCAAAUGAAGAGGAAGCAGGGAAGUAUUACUCAAAGUCGCAUGACUUAGACCCAGACAUGUGUGCCACCUUACAAGGGAUAACAACUCAUGGAAAAAUAUGACACCCUCCUUUAAAACAUACAGGAAAAAAGCCAGCAUGUUGCCAAAAGAUAAUAUGUAAUACCUGACUUUAGAAAUUCAUUGCUGGUCAAGUAUCAAACUGACCAAGUCGGGUUUUACCUUCCACCUGAAUGAAACUCAGUGAACUGAAUUUUUAUACAUCUGUUCAAGGGCAUAAAGCUUUAAAUGUGUCCCCAAUAAGUAUUUUAUGUCACGUUAUGUGUCUCCUUUUGAUAUUUAAGCGAGGUUUUGUUGUGAACUUUAUUACUUUGCCUUUGCAUUCAUGCAGAAAUCAAAAAUUUGUUUACUAUGUUUGACCAGAUAAAAGAGAUUCUCUUGGUUAUACAAUUAUAGAAUGAUGUAAAUAGUGUACAAAUGUUGAAACUACAGAACAUGCAUUCCAUAUGUGCCAUCCAGAUUUAAUACGUACGUGACAUGCUGCUGUGUUUUUAACAUGCACAAAAAAGAAGGGUGUUAUUUUUCAAUUUUUAACAUUAGUACCUUCAAGAGUGAUGAUUGUCCCUAACUCUGCCAAUACACGAGAAUACACAGAGAGCAAUAUUGAUGUGAUUGGGCUUGAAUUCAUCUUGUUGUUGACUGUUUGAUUUAUAAUAUUGCAUUGUAUCAUAGUUUUGAUACACAACUUCCAUGACGUGACAUUGUUUUGAAGUGUCUAUGAGUGAAAGGUUGCCUGAAGUGAUAUUAUUGUGCUCUCUGUCCAACAAAUUAUACACCCAGUAAGUAAGGGUUUGCAUUUAAAGUGCACUGUAGAAAAUAUGGACAAUUCUAUUUUCAGGAUGAAGAUAUUUUCCAUUAUUUAACAGGUUAAAGCAUGGAUUGAAAAUUGUUUGCUUUUCAAAUUUGUUUAAUUCUGUAAGUUGUUGAAUUUGUUUCCUUGCAAACACCAUAUUUGUAUUAAUAGUUUAAUAGUUGAGUUAUGUAGUAGUUUGACGGAACCAUGGUAUUGAUUUGCUCAGGAAUUUUUGUUAAACCCACCAUUUUAUACAUUCAGCAUUAAAGAAUUUAUACAUAAGAAUCUUCUGUAUGAAAAAUGUAGAUGCCCAAUAUCUUUUUUAAACAGCUUUUUCUACUUUACUUCACAGUAUAGUUUGUGUAUUUUGCGUAAAGAUUGGUUAAACAGAGCAAAAAACUUCACAGUAACUUUCAUAUCACUUGUUACAUAAAAAGAAAUGAUAAAUAAAAUUAGCAAAGUUAACAUAGCACUUAAGAAUCUUAUCUGUUACAACGAGUGUUUUUUUUUUCUUUUUUAAUACUACAAACUUAUGCACCGAGUCAUUGGCACUUACUGUAUAGAUACCAAGAAUUAUUCUGUUGAUGUAUUUGGAUGAAUAAUGAUAACCUUUUCUUG